AUGUACGUCCUCAUCCGUACUGGCGAUGGCUUUGGAGUUGGAUGGUAUGAAUCAGAGCCUGACUCGGAACUUGGAGCUGCUCCCUGUAUCUUCACCUCGGUGACACCUGCAUGGAACAACAUGAACCUGAUCCGCCUUGCCGACAAGAUCAAGAGUCCACUAGUCUUUGCUCACGUCAGGGCAUCGACUGCUGGAUCCGUCUCAGAGAGCAACUGCCAUCCAUGGCAGUACGGACGACUCAUGUUCAUGCACAACGGCAACGUGGCAGACUUCCACCUGAUCAAACGCAAGGUACAGGAGUCAUUGACAGACGAAAUCUUUUUGACAGUCAACGGAAACACAGAUUCAGAAUGGGCCUUUGCCGUCUUUCUCAGCCAACUGAAGACCCCUCGCCAGGCAGAGCCCUUCUGUCACAGUGUCCUCAAGGAGGCCAUGCUCAAUACCAUCGCCAAGUUGAACGCCUGGGGAAAAGAGGCUGGAAUCACUGAGGCGUCGAUGAUGAAUUUUGCAGUCACGGAUGGUGUCAGUGUCGUCUGCUCACGGUAUAUCAGCUCAAGGACUCUGGAGGCGGCCAGUCUGUAUUUCUCGUCUGGCACAAGGUUUGAGAGUUACAAGCCAGGACACUACAGGAUGAUCAAGGCUGACAAGCGAGAGGAUAUUGUCGUCAUUGCAUCAGAACCCCUGACGUUCGAGAAGGCCGACUGGUUGACGAUACCCACCAACACCAUCGUUGUUAUCACCUCCAAACUCAAUGUCCUCAUGUACCCAAUCGUCGACGAGUAUCAUAACUCCGCACCCUUGGGUCGUGCGCCGGAGCAGGCUAGUGUUGCCGUUGUCCAAGGUGAGGGCCGUGGUGAUGGAGCACGAGAUCAGCGUCAUCGGGAAGUCGUCUUCGUAGAAGAUCAUCGAGUCAUCCCCUCAGUGCCAGCAGUGGAUUCACCUCGACCUGAUAAGGAACAGAGCACAUUGGGCCAUUCUGAGUCUGUGGCGAAGGAUGCUCCAGCUAGGGCAUUAGCAAGCACAGCGCCCGUCAUGGUCGCCUAG